CUGAGUCAUAUUUGAGGCGAUCCCGAAAAAUCUUUAUGCUAUUUUAUUGGAGGAUAUGAGCGGAGCGACUCGUAUGGUGCCAGAGCUGAGCAGGAGGCCUGGUGGUGUGGCUGAUUAGCUUUCGUUCCUUUUGUUUCUGUAGUGUUUUGUCUGUUUUGUUACUGGACGUUCUGUCCUCUUCAUUCACCCAAAAAAAAAAAAAACCUAACCUCCUUUCUUCUUUUAUGAUUCAAUUUUUUUUCACAAUCUCUCACUAGUCACUACUGUAAACUCCAUCACUGCGCAAACCACCACCGGCUAGCCGUUAUACUUUACGGUCGGCAACCUUCUCUCUCCUAUUCAAAUCAAAUAAAUUACAUCAACGAAUUGCAUUAACCGUUGCUCCCCCCUAAAAACCCUAAAACAAUCAUAUCCAAUGUUCACUCCUCAAAGGAAGGCGCCAUGGACUCCAGCGACUUCGAUACCAAGAACUGAGCCCAGAAUCAACACAAGAUACCUUCAAACCCCUUCAGCAAAAGGGAAGACGGCGGCGUUCUUGGAUGCCCCACCGAUUCCUCCACCGACGAGUUCGCUUGCGGCGGCGGAGAAUGUUGUAUUUGACGGAGGCAAUUUGGAGGAUUGGAGGAGGUUUAAGGAAGUGGGUUUAUUGGAUGAGUCUUCUUUAGAGAGGAAGGACCGUCAGGCUACGCUUGACAAGAUUUCCCGGCUUGAACAAGAGCUGUUUGACUACCAAUACAACAUGGGGCUGUUGCUCAUUGAGAAAAAGGAUUUAGUUUCAAAAACUGAAGAGCUAGGGCAAGAAGUUUCUGAAGCGGAAGAGAUUCUUAAACGUGAACGGACUGCUCAUCUGAUUUCUGUUUCUGAAGCGGAUAAGCGAGAGGAAAAUCUGAAGAAUGCUUUACAAGUUGAAAGACGGUGUUUGGUUGAUCUUGAGAGAGCUUUGCGUGAUAUUCAUGAAGAACAUGCAAAAAACAAAAAUACAUCUGAGACUACUGUGGCAGAUUUAAAUUCCCGUAUGGAGGAACUUCAAAGACAGAACUUGGAUGUCGAGAAAAGGUCUCGUACAGUGGACGCCAAACUUGCUGAGUCAAAUAGAAAGAAUUCCGAGUUAGACAGGAAGCUGCAAGACUUAGAAGUCCAUGAAAACAUUCUUCAGAGGGAGAAAUUAUCAUUAACCCAAGAGCGAGAAUCCCAUGAGUUAUAUUUUCAGAAGCAGAAGGAAGAUAUGAUCGAGUGGGAGAGGAAACUGCAAGAAGGGGAACAAAGACUCUGUGAGAGUCGGAGAAUCCUUAAUGAGAGGGAGGAAAAAUUACAUGAAAUUGAUAUCUCUAGCAAAGUAAAGGAGUCAAACAUUGUGGAGUUACAAACAAAGAUUGAUUUGGCUAAUGAAACUUUGAGAAAAGUAGAAGAUGAUGUAAAGAAACAAUUAGUGGACUUGGAUAUAAAGGAGAAGAAAGCGGAAGCUAUAAAAUGCAAAUUGGAGGCAAGGGAAAAACAACUGCAAGAAGAGGAGGAAAGGAUUAAUGCAAGAGAAAAUAUGGAGUUAGAGAAGCUUGAAAAUGAGCAUAAGGUUAUGCUCAAUGCCAAAAUGCAUGAAUUUGAGUUAGAGAUGAAACAGAAAGAAGCAGCUCUUGAGGAGGAAAUGAAAAGCCAAAAGGAAGCAGUGGAUCUUAAGGAAACUGAAAUCAAUCAUCUUGAGUUGAAGCUGAGUAAAAGAGAAUUGGCACUGGACAAGAAAUUAGAGAGGUUGAAAGAUAAAGAAAAAGACUUCGAAGUAAAUAAUAAAGCUUUGAAGGAGCAAGAAAAAUGUCUAAAAGCUGAAGCCAAAAGACUGGAGGUGGAGAAGAAACAAGUUAAUACUGAUAAAGAGAGUUUGGAGACUUUAAGAAAGGAGAUUGAAAUGUUGAGAGAUAAUGUAAGGAAACAGGAACUGCAUAUUGAGGAAGAGCGGAAAAAUCUGGCAGAUGCAGAGAGAGAAAGGUUGGAUAAUCUUCGGUUGCAGUCAAAUUUAAAGCAGGAGAUAGACAAUGUGAGGCGUCAGAAUGAGCUAAUAGAGAAGGAAGCUGCAGAUUUGAAGCUUGAAAGGGUGAAGUUUGAGAAAGAUUGGGAGGCAUUGGAUGAAAAACGAUCUAUUGUGGAUAAUGAGAUUCAAACGUUAGCUGAAAAGAAAGCGAAUUUUGAAAAGCUGCGAAACUCGGAAGAGGAGAGACUGAAAAGGGAGAGAACUGAGAAUGAGGGGCAUCUCCAUCUAGAGUUGGAGAGCUUUAGAUUACAGAAAGAAUCAUUUGAAGCUAGGAUGAAACAAGAGAAGUUAAUUUUAGCUGAAGAGGCUAAAAAUAAGCAAGCUCUCAUGUGUCAAGAUUUUGAGCAGCAGAAACAGGAUCUUUAUAAUGACAUGCAGAAAAGACGGGAAGAGUGGGCAAAGCUGGUGGAAGAAAAGGAGAGAACUUUGGAAGAUAUGAGGUUGAGAGAAAUGAGUAGUCUUAAGCAUCUAAAGGAAGAUGCAGAGAAAAAUAGGGGAGAAAUGGAAAUUGAACAUCGUCACAUUCAGAAGGAGAAGGUGGAACUGGAAUUAAACAAAAAGCAGUUUGAAGAAACUCGUAUUGAGAUAUCUAAAGAUAUUAAGGCUCUUGAUAAUCUUAGUAAAAAGCUGAAGAAGCAGAGAGAGCAGCUGGUCAGUGAGAGGGGGCACUUUGUUGCUCUAAUUGAAAAGAUAAAGUGCUGCAAAACUUGUGGAGAUUCCGCUCAAGCAUUUCUAUGUAGUAAUAUCCAGCUACCAACAGUGGAGGGGUCUUCACAUUUCCCUAAGUUUUCUCGUGAUGACCAGAAUGAUGCUAAGGAUGAUCUUGCUCCCAUUAGAAAUGUUAAUAAAGCAGAGUCUUCCCUUCCUGGGGGAGUUGAUAGGGAUCCUCCUCAAUUAGGUGGGCUGAAGAGACACCUCCGGCAGUGUACUUCAAUCCUCUUUAAUUUGUCUCCUAAAAAGGGAAUUCAAGAUACUGGUAAUCAUGUUAUGGAAGAAACUGCACAAUCUGCUUCAUACGUGCAAGCAAAUGAACAUGUGAGGGAACAAACUUUUACUGUUGACGAAGUAAAUGUCAGGGCAGGAACCUCUCCAGUAGAUGAUCUAGGACAAACAUUUGAAAAAGUUUACGAUGCCAUGAAUAUGUCCCAGUCUGAUGUUAGAGAUGAUAACAUUGAUGAUUCUCAGAUAGUUGACGAGUUUGAUAAUGGCAGUGAAGGGCAAGGCAUUAAGGAGCCUGAGAAAUCUGGUCUGAAGAAUGGCCAGCACAAACCUGGGAGGAAACGUGGUCCUGGAGUUCAAAGGACACAUUCUGUUAAAGCAGUGAUAGAAGAUGCAAAGGCUAUAUUAAUGGAUGGAUCAGUAGCGGAGAUGGAGGUGAAGCCAAACGAUUCUGUCGGUGCAAAUGUGAAUAACGAGGAAAAGAUUAUUCAUGCCGACGUGACACAUGCUGCCCGUAAGCGCAGGCGUUCUCAGGCGUCUAAAGUGACUGAAAGUGAGCAGGAUAUUGAGCAGAGUGAGGGAAAUGCUGAUAGUGUGACAACCGGUGGUCGGAGGAAGAGGCGUCAAACAGUUGCCACUGCUUUACCUACUCCUGGUCAAAAGCGAUACAAUCUUAGACGUCAUACAGUUGCAGCCUCAAGUGGUAAACCUGAGAACGAGGAUGAGGUUAGCAGCAAAGACACUAAUCAAGCAGUGCAGAUCGAGGAUGAAACACCUGCUCAAUUGUUGGAUGUUGCUGCUGCCAGUGACAGAAAAUUACAUUUUGUGCAAGUUUCAACCACUAGAAGUGUUGAGUUUUCAUCUGAUAGGUAUAAUGCAGCCGCCAAUGUUGCUGACAAUCAUGUUGAUACUGCAAAAUCAGCAAAGAGUAGAUUAUUUAGUGAAGAAGUAAAGACAGUCGAAGAUGCAUUGUUGAGUGAGGUCAGUGAAAGAUCAGAAAAUGUUGAAGAAGAUAGAAGCAUGGUCAAUGAGAAUGAAGAAGAAGAUGGCGAUGAGUAUGGCAGUGACGAUGACAUGCAUGAAGAUGAUGACGGAGAUGAAGAUGAUGAUCAUCCAGGUCAAGCGUCUGUGGGAAAAAAGCUCUGGAAAUUCUUUACAUCAUGAUUCAUAAAUAACAAUCUCUUGUAGUUGUAGCUAUUAGUAGUUGUAAUUAUAAAUCCCAUGCAGCUUUAGUUUGAUUGAACUAUAAAAUGUGAUGAAGUGGAGAGUUAGUAAUCUACAGUUGAUACUUUGGAUAUAA